AUGAAACUCGACUCAAAGGCGAUCCGCUACCUCACCUCUGAAGAUUUCCGGGUGCUUGCCGGGGUUGAAGCCGGUAGUCGCAACCAUGAAGUCGUCCCUACGCCGCUGAUCGUGCAACUUUCCGGCCUCCGAGGCGGCAGCGGCGUGCAUCGCGCUAUUUCGAAUCUAGCCAAGAUCAACUUGAUUGCCAAAGUGAAGAAUGCAAAGUAUGACGGCUACAGACUUACCUAUGGUGGACUGGACUACUUGGCGCUGAAUGCGCACCAGAAGCAACAGGCUGUCUACUCAGUUGGCAACCAGGUUGGUGUUGGUAAAGAAUCAGAUAUCAUUGUGGUCGCACACAGCAGCGGAGAGCAGCGUAUUCUGAAAAUCCACCGCCUGGGUCGUAUCUCCUUUCGAACCGUCAAGACAAACCGCGACUACCUACGACACCGUAGUUCAGCAUCGUGGAUGUACAUGUCCCGACUGGCUGCCAUGAAGGAAUUUGCAUUCAUGAAGGCCCUCCGUGAGAACGGUUUCUCAGUCCCCGAGCCCAUCGCUCAGAACCGACACACUAUUGUCAUGAGUCUGAUUGAUGCGUUCCCGCUCCGCCAGAUCUCCAAGGUCCCCAAUCCACAAGGAUUAUACUCAGAAUUGAUGGAUAUCAUCCUGGAGCUGGCACGAUUUGGUCUCAUCCACGGUGAUUUUAACGAGUUUAACCUGCUCAUCAAGGAAGAGGUGGAUGAAAAUGCCAAAGAGAAAUACACACCGGAUACUAAAUUGGAUGAUGUGGCAGAUGAGGAUAUCCGGCUGGUCCCGGUUCUCAUUGAUUUCCCUCAAAUGGUGUCUAUUGACCAUGUCAAUGCCGAGAUGUACUUUGACCGUGAUGUGAACUGUGUUAAGCGGUAUUUCCAGCGCAAGUUCCACUUCGUGAGCGAUGUUCCUGGUCCGACAUUUGCCCAAGCAAGAAAGAAGUUCUUGAAGAACCCUGGCAAGCGGCUGGAUGUGGAGGUCGAGGCUUCAGGCUUCUCAAGGAAGAUGGCGCGCGAGCUUGAGAAGUACAUGCAAGAAGUUGGUGUGGACGGGGACGCCGGUUCUAGAGAAGACGGUGAUGAAGACGAAGAAAGCAGUGAAGAAGAGGAAGAGGCUGAUGAAGAGUCAGGUUCGGAAUCAGGGGAGCCUGACGAGGAAGACAAGCAACCAGAGCAAGACGACGAGGAAGUCGGCGAUAGCUCACGACGACUCGAGGACUUGCAUGUGUCGGGACCAUCCGGGCAAUGA